UUUAACCAAGGUUGAAGGUGUGCUUCACCGCUCCACAUCUUUCGCACCGACAGGGCUGCGCGCUAUGCGUAGUUAUUUUAACUUGCUCACACAACUGUUGCAAGCCCAGGUAUACGUAUAAUUAAUUUACUCGACUAAGCCAAAGUUUGGCGUCUGCCGUGGCAUGGGGCAAUCAGCGCGGGGACUUGCGGUGCUGGCCUGCGUAGCGAACGCACUGAGCUAUGUCGGGCUGCUAUACGUAUGGCGCGGCAAUUUGCCGCGGGACCAUCCCACGACUAUCAAGCGGCGGAUUAUCAGCACGACCCUCGCGUGCAGCGUGGCAUGGCUCCCUGUGUACUUCUGGGCCACCCGUGUCAAGCCGAUGGCUGCGCCCAUUCCCGUACACGGGCUGCUAGGGCUGCGGCUGGAAGGCCUGGGCCGGGCAAUCGUGGACUCGCUGUACCUGUGCAUCACAUUGUUCAUCGGGCCCCUGGUGUAUUUCGUCUACACCAUAGACCUGGAGGACCCCAACGAGUCGAACCCGCCAGGGUACUCACAGUUGCAGCCUCAGCAUCCGCAUCCGCAGGGCGGCGGCGCAGGCGGCACCGGCAGCGGUGGCAGCGGCGGCAGCAGCGACAGCUGGAGCAGUGGCUACUCGGCCCGCGCAGCUGCCGGGGGCGGCGGCGCAGACGCACAGCAGCGGCGCGUGGGGCCUCCACCGACCGAGCCGUCGGGGCGCCAGCACACUGUUGCUGGGGCUAGUCUGGAGCAGCCCGGCGCGUUGGGGAAGCUGGCGGCGCGUGUGCGGCGGCUGGUGGGCGACUGGCGGCUGUGGCGCAAUCUGGUGGCGGCGCCCCUGACGGAGGAGUGGGUGUUCAGGGCGUGCAUGGCCCCGCUGCUGGUGAUGGAGGGCCUGCCGCUGGUGCGUGUGGUGCUGCUGACGCCGCUGUUCUUCGGCGCCGCGCACCUGCACCACGCGGCUGAGCUGGUGCGGCACCAGCACAUGCCGCUGGGCCGGGCGCUGGCAGCGGUAACCUUCCAGUUCGCCUACACCACGCUUUUCGGCUGGCUGGCCACCUUCCUCUUCCUGCGCACCGGGCACCUGGCGGCGCCGCUGGCGGCGCACGUGUUCUGCAACUGGGCCGGCUUCCCGCCCUUCGGCGAGAUGUGGGAGCACCCGCGUGCCAUCGUGCUGCUGCUCACGACGGCGGGCGGGCUGGUGACGUUCGUACUGCAGCUGGGGCGCAUGACCGCGCCCAGCCGGUACGGCAACGAGGUGUACGGCGCCGGCUGGUGAUGCGGAUGCCGGGAGACACACACGUUGUACGGCAGGGUCCGAACGCGCGCGCACGCGGAGGUAGAGUGCGGUGGUGUGGAAGGCGGCAGCGGCUGCGGCUGUAGGGGUGUCUCUGGAUGGGGGCGGCAUGCGGGUUUCAUGGCGCUGAGGUAGGGCCGUGGGCGUGUGAAUGCGUGAAUUUGUGAACACUUAACCCUCAAAAGCUAAACAGCAGUCUGUCUAUCCCACACGUUUAUAGUGUCGUGACCAGCAAGCUUUCGCACCUAAGUCGGCUCCGCAGCCUCAGCCGAGUGACGCACGCGCCCUGUCCUCGCACAGGCAAGUGUUACAGGUUGUAGAACGAUCCCGACGUGCCCUCCAUGUACGGCUACGUAAUAAGGUGGCACGUCACGAUGCAAUGUGCAGCCUAUGCUGAGCUACGGGCGAGCAGCACGGGUGAGCAGUGGCUUACACUGUAGUAAAAGCAUGUGCAAAGUGAUGCUGAAACCUGAGCCUGUCAGGUUAGCCACAUUACGCAACUCCAAUUCUCCAUAUGGGAGCAUAGGAGUAGGAACGUGGCCCUUGCAAGGGGAGAACAACAAGUAGGACGUUCUCAUUUGUUGGCGUCAUAAGCAGGGGAGGUUAUAAGGGUCACGCACCCCGGCCUGGGCCUUCGGUACUGACAGGCAGGAACGCACGCAAAUAUCGUGCGCAACACCUUGCAACCCCUGCUUGCAACCACACACACAAGAAUCUACCCGGGCAAUGAAUGUGCCAAGCAAAUGCGACGGGGGAUCGCAUAUUUGAAUGUUUGUCAUGCGCCGUUGCCGCCUUGCCGGCAAUGGGUCGGUUGCCAGCGGUUCGGUUGCCACUGCGAGGACUUGAGGACGUCAGCCCCCGGGGGCAGCCCUGAAGCUACACAUGGUUGGGGCGACAGGGGGGGGGCGUGACUGUGGGGCGUGACGGGUUUGGUGUUGACUUGUCACGCCGUGUUACGCUGCGAGAACGCUGCGGCCUUGGGUGCGGCGUGAGACUACGUACAGUAUGGGCAGGUGUCCCGAGUGAGACACUCUGGUUGCCGGGGACGGCCCUCAGCAAAGCAGGCUGAAGGCGUGCACUUGAACUUGGCCGUGCCUACGAUGCUGUAGCAGGCGGGAACUCCUAACGCAGGCGCGCACGACGCGUGGGCCUUGACGACAUGCAGAAAUUCCGACAGCGUGAGUAAUGCACGCGUUUCACAAAACUUGAUUGAAUUAAGUUGACGACUGGUGCAUAUACAGACAUGGAUACAGUGUCACGUCCCUCUUGUCUGCGAGCCCCGUUCCGGGUCACAAAACGCUGGCCAUUGUGAAGACCAUCCAGGUCUACUUUU